AGGACCAGCUAUUCAUUAGACAAAACGUCCAAGGGCUUCGUUCAGGACUUGUCAAUGGGGAUUUUCGUGGAUGGAAAUUGAUUGGGGGCAAAACACCAACACAGAAUAGGCCAACCUUAGCACCACUUUAUGUUUGUCUACUCGGAGAGGCGAAGUUCUUUUCGUUUGUGUUGCCUGUCUUCUUGUUUUGUCUCUGUCUCUUCUUUUUUAAUUUCUUGUACUAUUCUUCUCACUAAACUGAUAAAUCAUACUGUUAACCAGAUUUAAAUGGCUCUGGCACUCCGGGCAAACAUAUAAAUCUGGAAGGUUACUUUGAACUGUAUUACCAGUCGCAUUCUUCAUUCUCGUCCACCUGUAAGCCUAGUAGCCUACCAAGUCGCAUAAAAAUCCCCCGAUCUUGAACAAAUUUAAACCACCAAAAAGCCUCUUGCCCUCCCACCACAGUCCUCGCCAAAACCCCCCGGCUCAGAAAACCAUGGCCACAGCUCUCAACCUCCCACAAACCCCACUUCUCAGGACGCUCCCGUUCCGCAGAGCACACAAGAGCACUGUCUCCAUUAGAGCAACAUCAAGCUCAUCUGAAACCCCGCUCACUUCCACUCCUGUGACCACCGAGCAGGAACAAAAACAAGGCCUUUCGUCAUCCUCUGUAACAUUUGCUCCUCCACCAAAUUUCAAGCCGCCGGAGCCAAAGCGGUUCGGCGUGAGACCCGAUAAGACAUGGGACAUACUCGGGGCUUCUCUUGCCUUGCCGUUCCGGCUCGGGACAGGUGUUUUUGUUUCCGGUUAUUCUGUUUCCUUCGUUUCCAAGAAUGAGAUUCCGUCUGGCCAGUAUGCUCUUGAUGUUGCCGAUUUCAAGGUAAAAGAGACUUCAAAAUUGGGUCCUCGACCAGAGAAGCCUAUUGAGAUAUAUGAAUUCGAAAGCUGUCCAUUUUGUCGGAAGGUUAGGGAAAUCGUUGCAGUGUUGGAUCUUGAUGUCCUAUUUUAUCCUUGCCCGAAAAAUGGUCCAAACUUUCGCCCCAAAGUUUCUCAGAUGGGUGGAAAACAGCAGUUCCCUUACAUGGUGGAUCCAAACACAGGUGUUGCAAUGUAUGAAUCAGAUGACAUAAUCAAGUAUCUGGUUGGAAAAUAUGGUGAUGGAAGUGUUCCUUUCAUGUUGUCACUUGGUCUACUAACGACUUUGACUGCAGGCCUUGCUAUGAUUGGUCGCAUGGGGAAGGGGUCUUCUCAUGCUCCAUCAAAACUGCCACCUAAACCACUUGAAAUAUGGGCAUAUGAGGGGUCCCCCUUCUGCAAACUUGUGCGUGAAGUACUUGUAGAGUUAGAGCUGCCACAUUUACUUCGCAAUUGUGCUCGUGGCAGCCCAAAACGACAGAUGCUGUAUGAGAAAACCGGACAUUUUCAGGCUACGGUAGCAGAUCUGCAGGAGGCGAUUCAUCGGCGAAAGGUACAUGGGAUCGUGUUUGGUUAUGGAGGCGGCAAGGAUGGACCUGAACAUUGGGGAAACUUGAACUCAAAAUACUCGACAUGCUCAAAUGGGAAAAGGCAAUCUCCUGUGGACAUUGUGAAGGACAAAGUUGUGCUUAACAAGAACUUGAAACCCUUGACCAGAGAAUAUGGUCCCGCAAAUGCCACUCUGGUCAACAACGGGUUUAACAUUGCAAUCAAUUUUGAGGGACAUCAUGUGGGAGUGUUGGUGGCCGAAGGGAAGAACUUCACCCUCAAGCAUAUUCACUGGCAUUCUCCUUCUGAGCACCAGAUUGAUGGACAAAAAUUUCCUGUGGAGCAGCAUUUGGUCCACCAGGCCGAUGACGGCAGCUUUGCAGUUGUCUCAACCCUCUACCAAUAUGGUGAUCCCGAUACUCUUCUUUCUAAGAUAAUGGGAAAGUUGGAUGAACUGGGCAAGGAAGAGUGUGCAGAGCACGAAGAAGCUCAUAUCCCUCUUGGACACUUUAAGACCAAGCGCCUGAUGCGGAAGAGCCGCAAAUAUUACAGAUACUAUGGUUCUCUCACCACUCCCCCAUGCACCGAGAAGAUCACGUGGAAUAUUCUCGGCAAGGUGAGAUCAAUCUCCAAGGAUCAAGUAGAGGCACUGAAUAAGCCAUUGAAGUCUAAUUGCAAGGAGAACUCGAGGCCAGUACAGCCAUUGAAUGGGCGCCAGAUUGAGCUAUAUGAUGAGCUUGGCGGCAACAAAAUUUAGUUACCAUCAUCUUCACCACUCAUUUAAAGGGCUGCUAGUUGCAUCUAUGUUGUCUACUUCAUGCAUGUAUAUAUCAUGAAGUACAUUAUGAACUAAUCUUAUAAUUACAACAUAUAUAAUAUAUAUGUAUAUGUUCCUAUAUAGCACAUGCAGUGCCUUGAAAAAUCAUCUGGGAUUCUCUUCGGCAGGCAUGGUAUCUUCAGUUUUGCAUAGAGGAAUGAUGAUCAUGUCAAUUCUAUUUU